GGAGAAAUGCGAAUAUUAUGAUUGCCGCGGUAUCAACGGCCAAAGGAUGCUUUUUAGUGAGAUGCCCGCGUGAACCGCCGCGACAUUCACUCAGCUUCCGUCGAUCGAAGAGGGCCUGUUUUACCUCUACUCCGAGCGGCAACCACGGCAACCAAGUCGUCGCGUCGCCUGUCAAGUGCUCUAGUGGCAGUGUGUGUAGUAGGCCAGUAGUAGUAGUGGCUACCAACGUGAGACGGAGAGACGCUCGGCUGUUCCGGAAGUACUUUGCAGCGCCAAUUUGAGCUGCGCCGGGCGUGAGCAUUCCAAAAUCAUCAUCAUCGCUUAUCCAGCGCCGCGUGCGCCCGCACGGAUACGAGCACCACGCGGUGCGGUACGAUUAUAGGCGAUCAGUCGUUGUCGGUCGUCUCACGGUGACGGUGAUCAAAACACUCUCCUCGCCUUCUAAUUGAGUCCGAUUGCGAUUGAGCCAUUUUGUUGUGCGUGGCAUACAAGAACGGUGUGUGUGUGUGUGAAGUUCGGGGGCUGUGUUUUAUGGACAAACGUCCGGUCCGUGAAGAUGGCAGAUUUGGAUGGAAGGCAUAGUAAAGACGCGGUAGUAACGCUACAUCUGGAGGAAACGUUAACGGAACGACAUAAAGGAUGCUGCCAGCGGUUGGCACUGUUCCUGACCGUGUACUGGAAGACGCUGAUCGUCCUGUGGGCACCGUGUAUGGCCGCCUGUGUUUUUCUGUUCGACACGACGCCACCGUAUCGCUGCAUGUUCGUCGUCAUAGUGAUGGGUGUGCUGUGGAUUACGGAGGCGCUUCCGUUGCCCAUCACCUCCAUGCUACCGAUCGUCAUGUUCCCGAUGCUCGGCAUCCUCGGCACUAAUCAGACGUGCAUGAUGUACAUGAAGGACACGAUGCUGAUGUUCAUCGGUGGCAUUGUGCUGGCGCUGGCGGUCGAGUACUGUAACCUGCACAAACGGGUAGCCCUGAAGGUGAUCUCGGUGAUUGGGUGUAGCCAGCGGAAGCUAACGUUCGGUUUGACCGCCGUAACGAUGUUCGUCUCGAUGUGGAUCUCCAAUACGGCCACCGUCGCCAUGAUGUGCCCGAUUGUGCAAGCCGUGCUGGAGGAACUAGAAGCGCAAGGAAUCUCCAAGAUGUACGAAGAAGCGAAAUCGAUGGAAAGUGGUUCCAGUCAGGAGGAGAAGGCACCUCGUCCGACCAAGUCAACGCUGUGCUAUCUCAUCGGGACGGCCUAUGCGGCAACGUGCGGUGGAUGCGGUACGAUCGUUGGUUCCGGGGCCAACCUUACGUUGAAGGGUAUCUACGAGAGUCGCUUCCCGGAUGCCCCACCGAUCGACUUUCCGAAGUUUAUGUUCUACAAUGUGCCCGGUAUGCUGGUGUACACGUUCCUUACCUGGGUGUAUCUACAGUGGCUGUUUAUGGGCAUGUUUAGACCGGAUAGUCCUGAAGCGAAAGCAGCCAAUAUUGGCCCGGAGGGGGAGGCGGUCGCCAAGCGAGUCAUUCUGCAGCGUUACCGGGAGUUGGGACCGAUGACACCCCACGAACGGGGAGUUGCGUUCUUCUUCAUCCUUUCCGUGGUGCUGUACUUUACCCGUGAGCCUGGCUUCACCAGUGGCUGGGCUGAUCUGCUACCCGCUGCACCAAUUCGAGACGCAACGCCCGCCAUUUUCAUCGUGAUUGCGCUGUUCAUCGUGCCGUCCGAUUGGAGCUGUUUCAAAUUCUUCCGCAAAGGUGGAGGUCGCCUACCGCGCCACGCUUCGCAGGGACUCAUCACGUGGCGGUUCAUCAACCAGAAGACACCGUGGAGUUUGCUGUUCCUGCUCGGGGGCGGUUUCGCGAUAGCCGAGGGUGGCCGCGUGUCCGGAAUGUCGGCUCUGCUCGGACAAUCGCUCGUAGGGCUCAAGGUGCUGCCACCGCUCGUGCUGCUCUUCGUACUCUGUGUGGUGGGCGAAUUCCUCACGGAGUUUACCUCCAACGUCGCCAUCUGCAACAUUGUGCUGCCGGUGCUGGCGGAAGUGGCCGUCGCGAUUGAAAUUCAUCCCCUGUUCCUGAUGUUUCCGGUGGCCAUCAUCUGUAGCUUCUCGUUCCACCUGCCGGUCGGUACACCGCCGAACGCGAUCGUCGCCGGUGUCGGUAACAUUUCGACCAAAGAUAUGGCCAUCGCCGGUAUCGGUCCGUCGGUGUUUACGCUGAUCGUCAUCUGGACCCUCUUCCCGACCUGGGGUGCCUUUAUCUAUCCCGAGAUGGCCACCUUCCCCGAAUGGGCGAAACCAGACAACAUCACGUUCUAGUGAACCCCGGGGGGAAUUUGGAACUUGAGAAUCGGGAAAGCGGUAUUCUCUUUUCAACAGCUCGAGCCAGUUGUGUGCCAUUUUAUACAUGUGUGUGUUUGUGUGUGUUGUUUUUGUGUGUGUUAAGUGUCGUGUUACGUUGUUGCUAAGAUAGGAUUAAAUAAAGAUUUGCUUGAGGAAGAGUGAACCCGGGGCCGUUAAAUAUUGAGACUCCGGU